GAAAAUGUAAACUAAAAAAAGGAGGGAGAAGAAUUGUUCCUUGUAAUUUUAAUUUUAAUUCGAUUUGUUCCUCGUUUUCAGGUCUGCUCUCAGGGCCUAAAAUAUCAUGAAAAACUAAUAACUUCAUUAAUUGAGAAAUAUGUUCCCAACACCAGUAUCUGCUGUCAUGAGUGCGAAACGUCAUGCAAUAUUCCGCAGUCCAGUUGUUGCGGAAUUGUGCCCCUGCUGAAGGCUCUGGAGAAAUCAGUGCAAUGUCAAAAUAUAGAUACCAUUCAGAUCGGAACCAUGCCCAUAAUAGAGAAGUACCUGAACGCCACUGCCUCUUGCUGCGAGAAUGUAACUGAGUGCCCUGAUGUCUGCAGGUUACCCGAAGAACCAGAUGGAAGUUUAUUAAAUCGAAAUAAACUGUGCUUUAAUCAAUGGCAAGGGAUGACACUGAAAAAGUUCUAUCACAUAAAGAACAACCUCUUAUUGUUUAUUCUUCUACCCCUGUUACUCUCUAUGGCCUUUGCCGGUUUACUUGCUUAUUUUAAUAAUAAGUUACCCUUCAAGCCUAAGAACUUCAAGGAAGCCAGGAGAACUUGGAUAUCCCAAGAACCUUUAAAAUUAGAUUUAGAUUCAUAUGGCAGGCCCUGCAGUUAUGCUAUAUCUAAAAACAAUGACACGGAACAUCCUCUGAUACCGUUGGUGAAAUAUAAAUUUAAACGUUGUACGGCAGUUGAAGAAGAAGAUCUGGAAAAUGCGACCUACUUAAAUGACAAGCAUAUCUUUGCACUUAGGAUGAAUAAAUGCAACUAUGAAAUUUUGUAUAGUCGAAAAUGGCUGCAUUCGGAGGCAGUUGCAGCCUCACUGAUGGCAUAUCUGGCAAACAACCAGCUGCUGGAUAAAUAUUGUUCUAGUUAUGAAAAGAUCACUGACAUGCGCAUGAAAAAUAUAGAUUUUUACAAUUAUCCAUAUCCAGCAUUGCAACAUAACAAAAUCGGUACAACAUAUAAGGCGAAAUGUUUGGAAAGUGAUGUCUUAUUUGUAUUGCUUUUAUGUUUGAGUAUUUUUACAGGAUUUUUUCUUGCAUAUAUAAUAAGAGAACGUGUACUUAAUUUUAAGCUACUGCAAAAAGUCGAGGGCAUUAAUAUGGCCACUUUCUGGUUAUCCCACUUGCUCUGGGACUGGCUGUGGCUUACAUUGUUUUCUGUACUUUUGGUUUGUCUAAUGAGUUUAGUACUUUGGAAAGGUUUUAGUGAUGAAAUAGUUGCCUACAUAAUUGCUUUGAUGUUUUUUAAUCUGGCUCAGCUGCCCUUUUUAUAUCUUUUGAUGCAACUCUGCAGAUGCACAAUUUUUGGAUGGAUUACACCCAUACUUCUAUUUGUUCUUUUGAUCAUACCAUUUCAGCUCGGUGCUCCGGAUUUUCCCUUUGGCAUACUAUAUUUAAUACCCAUUUAUACAGCCAUUGCAAUGAUGCAUAGAAUAUGCGAGAAACAUCCAAAGUGGAGUAUAUUUUGGGCGGCAUUACCAUAUCUCGGGGUACUUAUCGGUUUGGCUUUGCUUUACUUUACAUUACUUUUACUUUAUGAAAAGGGAUGUCCUGGCAGAAAAAGAUCUAAUGCAGGUCAAGAAAGAGUGACGCAGAGUGAAAGGCGAAACAAUAUUUUACUCCUGGAUAAUGUAAGAGCAAAUGAUAUGGAAAGGCCCGUUAAAGAUGUUACUUUCGGACUGAGACCCAUGGAUAUUCUGGGCUUGAUUGGUGAAAGAUCUGGCAAGACCACACUUAAUAAACUAAUAAUAUCCCAACAGACGUUAUCCAAGGGUCACGUUUUUGUCCAUGGCAUUGAUGUUCAUAACAAGACAAGCCGAUACCGGGCCUUCCAAUUCAUGGGUUAUUGUCCCGAAAAUAAUUAUUUUGAGCCAAAGUUUACGGGUCGUGAGAAUCUAAAAAUAUUCAGCCUCAUUCGGGGGAUAAAAUCCAGACAAGUUCGCGAUGUAUCCGAGGAUCUGUCGGAUAAGCUCAAUUUUAGACGACAUCUAGAUAAGAGGGCACGAAUGUAUACAAUCAGCGACAAGCGUAAGUUGAGCACCGCAAUAGCCGUUUUAGGCUCGCCUCCUUUGAUUAUAUUGGAUCAACCCACGACUGGAUUGGAGACAGCUCAUCGUUCAUAUGUUUUGGAUGUUCUGAAAGACGUCAAUCAGUGCGGCAGUGCGAUUUUAUUAUCAUCCAACAAUAUGGGCGACUUUCAAACCCUUUGCAAUCGAUUGGCUUUGAUGAACCGAGGACAGCUUUACGCCAUUGGUCCUGUGGCAAGCUAUAGAAAUCAAUUAAGUCGUGGCCUAAUCCUAAUGGCCAAGGCCAGACCCUAUGCCGUAAUUAAGCAAGUAUUUUGUUUAUUAAAUUCUAUUUGUUGUCAGUUGAUACAUUUUUCCAACAGUCCUCCAAUAAACAUGGAAGAUAUUGUAGACAAAAUUACACGGUUUCUGUUGGCCAACUUUGGAGAUGUUUAUUUAUUAGAAGAUAUUCAAGGUGACAUGCUUUUUUAUAUAAACAAUUCAUCAAUUCCACUGGCCAAAGCCUUUAGGAUCAUAGAGAAAAAUCGUCACGAGCUAUACAUUUCGGACUUUUAUUUAAAACACGAAGAUAUUGAGCUGUCCUUUGUAACCCAAAACUUUAGAAUAGUCCACUAAAUGCAGUGCAGCGUCUUUAA